AUGACAUUAGGCAUCCAGCUCUCCGGUGCAGAAGAUGACUUUUUGGCUGCUGUUACGGAUAGUCUCAAAUCUUUCCAAGCAAAAGGUUUGAUUCUGACGGGGCUAUCAAUGGGUGGCAAUGUUCGAAAUUUGAGUCGAAAUGUAGUUUUCGAAUCUGGAGAUAUUGUUAAACUAGCAAGAAACUAUGUGCGAUUCGAAAAGGUGAACAUAUAA